CUGACAUACACUUACCCCUCUGCUUGCCACAUAAUCAGAACCCUCAAGUCUUUCAGUAGUGGCCCCAGCACUAACACUACCUUCAAUGUAAAAUGUGCCUAUUUGCAGUCACUUCUACUACCAGCAGCAGCAACAGAGCCUGAGCUGCAAGGAAAACACAGUGCUCACUGUCAAGGGUAUUUGUUUGUAAUACUCUGUCAAAUGAUGGUGGACUACUAUGAAGUUUUAGGAGUGCAGAGAUACGCGUCACCAGAGGACAUUAAAAGAGCUUACCGUAAAGUGGCACUUAAAUGGCAUCCUGAUAAAAAUCCAGAAAACAAAGAGGAAGCAGAGCGAAAAUUCAAAGAAGUCGCUGAGGCAUACGAAGUGUUAUCAAACGGUGAAAAACGGAACAUGUAUGACAAAUACGGCAAGGAAGGGUUAAAUGGUGGAAGUGGAAGUCAUCUUGACGAUGAAAAUGAGUAUGGGUUCACAUUCCAAAAGGCAGAUGAUGUCUUUAAGGAAAUUUUUGGUGAAAGGGACCCGUUUUCAUUUCAUUUCUUUGAGGACUCACUUGAGGACCUUCUGAGCAGCUCAAGGAGCUCUAAUGGAAGCAGAAGCCAAGGCACAGGAUCCCUUUUCUCCUGUGGCUAUGACCACCCAGUGUUUGCCAGGCUGUCUUCUUAUGACACAGGAUAUACGUCUUACGUUUCACUGGGGCACGAGGACCUUACUUCAUUCUCUUCCCUGGCAUUUGAUGACUCUGGGAUGGGCAGUUACAUACCAAUUACACCUUCAGGCAAAAUUGUUAAUGGAAGAAACAUCAAUACAAAUAAAACUUUUGAGAACCGUCAAGAAAGAGAAGUUGAAGAUGACGCAGGAUUCAAAGAAGGUGGCAGGAGAAAAAAGAAGAAGCAUAAAGAGGGGCAGAAGAAGUCAAACAAAAGAAAUUGCUAAUUGACUUUUUAAACACAUUAUGAUCAUAUAACAUUUGAACAUCACUCUUUUGUGUGUUUUGGUUAAUCAGUUUUUUAUAGAUAUUUAUUAAUAUUAUGUAAGAGUAGGUAGUUUUCCCCCUGCCUCCCUGGGUGUAUGUGUGUUCA